CCUUGAAAGUAUUAAAAAAUGUGACAAUACACACUUUACACUUCAUGUGCAUGGCGAAGAAACUCUAUGGUGUCCCUAUUGAGGAAUCUGACUUCUGCAACUAUCCGUCUUGGAUGUGCGAGUCCUCUGGAGGAGAGUCUGAUCGAACAUCACCACCAUCAACAUCAACAUCAACAUCAACACCACCAUCAACGUCAACAUCACCAUCAACAUCACCACCGACAUCAACAUCGCCAUCAACAUCACCACCAACAUCAACAUCACCACCAACAUCAACACCACAACCAACAACAAAAACAACAACACUGUCAACAACAACAACACCACAACCACCAAAAAUAACAAUACCCCAACUACAACCAACAACAGCAGCACCACCACCACCACCAGCAACAACAACAACAGCAACACCACCACCACAAACAAUAACAACAACAACACCAACAACAACAGCAACAGCUACAACAACAGCUACAACGCCUGAAGA